AUGACAAGCAAUCAAACAAUCCUGAAGGAAUUCAUUCUCAUAGGCUUCUCUGCUUACCCACAUGUACAGACCUUGCUCUUUGUUGUCUUCUUUUGCCUCUAUAUGCUCACUCUUGCAGGCAACCUGGCCAUCAUGGGCUUGACUUGGGUGGACAGAUCUCUCCACACACCCAUGUACCUCUUCCUCGGUGCUCUCUCCUUCUCUGAGACCUGCUAUACCCUGACUAUCAUCCCCAAGAUGCUAGUGGAUCUGCUGGACAAGGACAGCCACAUUUCAGUCCCAGGCUGUGGCUUGCAGAUGUGCUUCUUCCUGGGUCUCGGUGGAACCAACUGUAUCAUUCUCACCUUGAUGGGGUAUGACCGCUUCCUGGCCAUCUGCAAGCCCCUCAGAUACCCUCUUCUGAUGACCAAUGUUGCAUGUGGACAAUUUGUGGUCUCUGCUUGGGCUGGAGGCUUCUUGAUUUCUCUAAUAGAGACGGCACUGAUAUUCAGAGUUUCUUUCUGCAUACCCAACCUCAUCCAACACUUCUUCUGCCAUAUGAGGGCAGUUGUGAGGCUCUCCUGUAUAGACCGUGACUUCACAGAAUUCAUUGUAACACUGAUGUCAGUGUCGGGCUUGCUGAGUACAUUCUUGCUCAUCCUCUUGACUUAUCUGUUCAUCCUUUCUUCUGUACUCAAGAUUCCUUCUGCUGAGGGUAAACAAAAGGCAUUUUCCACCUGUGCCUCACACCUCACUGUGGUCAUCAUCCACUUUGGAUUUGCAUCUAUUGUUUAUCUGAAGCCAGAAGCAUCAGGGGGAGAUGACACCCUCAUGGCAGUUCCUUAUACUGUCAUUACCCCUUUCCUCAGUCCCAUCAUAUUCACCCUGAGAAACAGGGAUAUGAAGAAUGCUUUAAGAAAGAUCACAAGAAAGACCAUAGUCUUGAAAAAAUGA